AUGAACUUCCCUUCGAGCCCUAACCCUAAUUUCACCGAAUUAGACGAAAUUUUCAACUUCGAUCUUGAUUUUUCAAGUGUUUCCGAUGUUUUACAGAUGAUCGGAGACGAAAUCAACCGCGAGGACUCACCCUCGUCCACUUGGAGUAUAAACUCGUCGGAGAAAGUCCCUCCUAACGGUGCAAGUCCACCGGCAAGCAUGGCUACUUCAUUUACCGGCCUUGAAAUGCACUAUCACAAGUGUUCGAACCCGAAUUGCAGCGUGAAGAAGAGAAUAGAAAAAGACACGGCAAAUCCAGAUUACGUACUGACAACGUACGAAGGAAAACACAACCACGGAAGCCCUUCCGUGGUGUACUGUGACCCCGACGACGAAAUCGAGUUCACGUCUCGAAACAGUUGGCGCUUUCAGAACAACUCCAGUCUCUCUCGUUCUGCUCCAUGA